AUGUCGGUCUUUCAAACCUUCUCUACCAUCUACGAAGCCUCUGCCGAGCUCCAGACUGUUAUAUUCUUCGUCAAGAAACUCUCGUCGUAUUGUCUCACAGCUUCCCGCGCACUUACUCCGACGAGCUCCGGCGGGGACCUCGCACGAUUUAUGUACCGUGUUUUUGCCUGGACUGGAAUUUUCAUCGUCUUCAGCGGGAGCCUCAUUUUCGCAUUUUUCCUGUACGAUGCCUCCACAUACCGCGAACAGCCAGACAAGAUGGGUGACAUUCCCGUGUCCGAAGCUGCCCUGUCCCCGAGAAGAGGAGGACCCAAAAAUUUGCCCAUCGCAGAGGUUUUGGUUGAUGAUGAAGACUGCGAUCUUAUGCGUGAACAAAAACACAAGCCCAAAUUGGUCAUUCUCGGAACCGGAUGGGGAAGUGUUGCAAUGUUGAAAGAGCUCAAUCCCGGAGACUAUCAUGUUACUGUCGUCUCCCCUGAGAACUAUUUCCUCUUCACCCCCAUGCUGCCUUCUGCCACCGUUGGAACUCUGGAACUACGUUCCUUGGUCGAGCCUGUUCGCAGAAUAGUCAACCGAUUGAGAGGUCAUUUUCUUAAAGCCGAGGCUGUGGACGUCGAAUUCUCUCACAAACUGGUCGAAGUUGCUCAACUCGACGCUGACGGGAAUCGACAGCACUUCUACCUCCCCUAUGACAAAUUAGUCAUUGGAAUUGGUUCAACCACCAACCCCCAUGGUGUCAAAGGCUUGGAAAAUUGCAAUUUUCUCAAAACAAUCGAAGAUGCCCGUCUUAUCAAGAACAAGGUCCUCCAAAACUUGGAAUUGGCCUGUCUCCCUACUACCUCGGAUGAAGAAAGACGAAGGUUGCUUUCCUUUGUCAUCAGUGGCGGUGGUCCCACCGGUGUCGAAUUCGCAGCAGAAUUAUACGAUAUGCUGAACGAGGAUCUCUUAAACUCAUUCCCCAAGAUCCUGCGGAAUGAAGUUUCGGUGCAUGUCAUUCAAUCUCGAGGUCACAUUCUCAACACCUACGAUGAAGCCUUGUCCAUUUAUGCCGAGAAACGAUUCGAGCAUGAUCAAGUGGAGGUUUUGACAAAUUCUCGCGUGAAGGAAGUCACUCCAGAUCGGAUUAUAUUUACCCAAAUGGAAGAUGGGAAGCCCGUAACAAAGGAACUUCCCAUGGGCUUCUGCCUCUGGUCCACUGGGGUUGCACAGACUGAUCUGAGUCGAAAGGUGGCCCAAAAGCUGAGGGAUUUCCAAAAUAACCGCCAUGCCCUUGAAACGGACACACAUUUGAGACUUAUCGGAGCUCCUCUUGGUGAUGUCUACGCCAUUGGGGACUGCUCUACCGUUCAAAAUAAUGUCGCCGAUCACCUAACGACUUUCCUUCGUGGCAUGGCAUUUGAGCAAGGCAAAGAUCCGGAUAAACUUCACAUCACCUUCCAAGAUUGGCGAUCUGUGGCUCAAAAAGUGCGCAAACGGUUUCCUCAAGCUGCAGGCCAUCUCAAACGACUUGACCGGCUCUUUGAAGAAUAUGACAAGGACAAGUCUGGAACACUUGAUUUUGGUGAACUUCAUGAAUUGUUGGUCCAGAUAGACAACAAGCUCACCUCUUUACCUGCGACCGCCCAACGAGCCAAUCAACAAGGUCAGUAUCUCGGCCGUAAAUUCAACAAGAUCGCCGCUGCCAUUCCUGGAUUCCGGGCCAAUGAAGUCGAUUUCGGUGAUUUGGACGAAGCAGUGUACAAAGCUUUCGAAUAUCAUCAUAUGGGCAGCCUGGCUUAUAUCGGAAAUGCCGCCAUCUUUGAUUUCGGGGGAUUGAAUUUCAGUGGUGGACUCAUGGCUGUUUACCUGUGGAGAAGUAUUUACUUCGCUCAGAGUGUCAGUUUCAGAACGAGAAUGCUUUUGGCUAUGGACUGGAGCAAGAGAGCUUUGUUUGGAAGAGGUGAGUUUUCUUUUUCUUCCUGA